UGUGUGGGUGGAAGCUGAUAUAUUUAGGAGAGGUACAGAAUUGUUGCAAUUGGGAGCUCCCUAAAGUGUUAGCUGUCCUGAGUUCGCAGUGUUCUCCGCUGAACCGAUUUCACUACAUUUAAAGUCCUGUGUGCAUUUAUUCCUCAAAUCUCGCUGGCUGUUGGCCCUGAGUGUUGUCUUGAAGGUUCUCAGCUGAUGAGUUUGAUUUUCCACCUCAGAUAUCCUUCACUUCCAGGAAUCCUGCUGACUCCGUAACCCUCCAAUCUGACCACAAGACCAGGAGGAAUCUGAUUCUUCUUUCAGAUCGAGGGGGCGAGUGCAAAGAGAUAAAUUGACAAAAUGAUAGUCCAGCUGAGGGAGAGAUGUGUUUGUAUAACUCUAUCUUGCUGGGACCAUUUUCCAGAUCGAAACUGGCUAUCAUUCCUCAGGAUCCAUUCCUCUUCAGCGGAACAGUGCGGGAGAACCUGGAUCCCCUGAGCCACCACACAGACAGGGAGCUGCAGUCUGUUUUGGAACAGUGUCACCUCCUGGAUGUCAUUGAGAGGAUGGGUGGAUUGGAUGCUGAGCUUGGGGACAGAGGGAAGAGUUUAUCGAUGGGACAGAGACAGCUGAUCUGCCUUGCGAGGGCACUUCUCACCAAAGCCAAGCUCCUUCAGCGGUUUAUACGUUUCAAUCAAAUUGCCUCUCACUCUUUGAGACUGCAGCAGAUCCCUUCCCAGUGGUCUAACUUCACCAGCAUACCUACAGUUGGUUCAUUAUUCCAAACUCCCACAUCCUAACCAAGAGGCAGGGUUAUAACAUGGGACACCAAGUUACAGAGACUUCGUGCAUGAGACGGAACUACCACAGAUUGCGAAGAGGAAUUGCCACAAAGCUGAAUCCCAUCAUGGUACUGAGACUAAAUACUGUGUGAUUGAAGCUUACUACGAAGCCAGGUUGACACUAUCAGGCUGUCUUGUCCCAGUAUAACCAACAGCAGCAGCCAGCACUCAGUUUGUCACAGGCACCAGAGGGCAGGACUAGGGGAGUCCUGCUGGCUCUCACAGCAGUAGUGUUCCCACUGGCGGACUUCAAAUAUUUGCAAUGAGUUGGAUCUGGUUUCCAAAGAUUCCAAAGAUAUAGAACCAUGAGAGAGUCUGAGGAAAGAAACCAAAGCAGAUGGACCAGCUAGAUUCAGGUCUUCUUGAGAAAUGACACCACCACGCACACAGCUGUAAACAUCUCCUUAGUAACAGCUGAGGAUGGGACUAAAAUUGGGAAAACAUGCAUCCAAACUAGCCAGGCAUCAGCAUAGUCCUGGAAUCAUCCCUCCCAGGCAAUCUUCCUGACAGCAGCCACUAUAUCAUUGGGUCUGUCCUGUAGCAGUAACAGCAUAAACCCAGCAGCACAGAAGGUCACAGUCCAGAGGGAACUCUCCAGGGAAUCCCCACAUUCACUCUGCACCCCAUCAAGUUUUGUGGCAUCAGGCAAUCCACAGGUCAGGAAAAUGCCUGUAACACACACCGACUGUGGCAUCAGGCAGUUCAUGGAUCUGGAAAACGCCUGUAACACGGACUGACUGUGGCAUCUGGCAAUCCACGGAUAAGGAAAACGCUGGUAACACGCACCAACUGUGGCAUCAGGCAGUACACGAGUCAGGAAAAUGCCUGUAACACGGACUGACAGUGGCAUCUGGCAAUCCACGGGUCAAAUAAAUGCCUGUAACACACACUGACUGUGGCAAUAGACAAUCCACGGGUCAGGAAAAUGCCUGUAACACACACUGACUGUGGCAUCUGGCAAUCUACGGGUCAGGAAAAUGCCUGUAACACACACUGACGGUGGCAUCUGGCAAUCUACGGGUCAGGAAAACGCCUGUAACACACAGUGACUGUGGCAUCAGGCAGUCCACGGG